AUGCAUGUAAAUAAUUUGUCCAAUGAAUUAUCUAUUGAUUUACUUACUCAUGAUCUUGAUUCUCGAUCAUUUCUAAUGUUUGUUCGUCGAGAAAAUGAAAGAUAUAGAGAAAUUUCAACAUCUCAACAUAAUCGUCAAUAUUCAUUAAACUAUACUUCAUUUGAUCAUGCACGCGGAUUUAGUCGUAUGAAUAAAUAUAUUAAUCUAUCAUCAAAUUCUUUAAUACCAUCUCAUAUGCUUAGUGAAAAUGGUCGAAUAAUUACUAAUGAUAUUAGUAAACAAUUACUAGAUGAUAAUUUAUCUAUUGUUCGUCGUCAAUGGAAAAAAUCAAAAAAAAACUUAUCUAAUCAAAUUGAACAUAUACAAUCAGAUUUAAAUUCACAUACAAAUAUGUCUGUAAAGAAAACAAUGCAUAAUUGUCAACGAGCACUCUUUAAGUGGAUUGCUAAAACUAAAUGA